CUUAUGAACAAAUGUGGGUUCUCUCUAAAAUCUGCUUUGGAAGUUUCUAAACAGGUCCAUUUUGAAACCCCAUAUAAGCCUGAUUCUGUUCUUGCCGUUUUCAAGAACUUUGGCUUCUCGAAGUCCCAUAUCUUGAACCUUGUGAGGAGACGGCCAGCGGUCCUUUUGUCUAAACCUAAAACAACACUUUUGCCCAAGCUUGAGUUUUUCAAUUCUAAAGGUUUUUCAAGCCCUGAUGUUAUCAAAAUCAUAUCAUCCUACCCAUGGGUUUUUAAGUACAGCUUAGAAAACCAGUUAGUUCCUGCUUUUGAUUUCCUUGAAAACUCGCUCCAAUCUGAUGCCGUGGCCAUCAAAGCAAUCAAGCGUUUCCCUCGUAUUCUAAAUGUUACUGCCGAAAACAUGGCACGUGUUGUUGAUGUUUUACGAGACAGUGGAGUCCCUGAAAAGAAUAUUGCUCUACUAAUUCGUUCCCGGCCUUCUAUUAUGGUUACAAAUCUGGAGAAUUUUAAAAAGCUUAUAGAGGAAGUGACCCUAAUGGGAUUUCAUCCUUGCAAGAGUCAGUUUAUUGAAGCAAUCAGGGUGCUGACGUCCAUGAGCAGAUCCACGUGGGAGAAGAAGCUUGAUGUGCAUAGAAAGUGGGGGUUGUCCGAGGAAGAAAUCCUUCAAGCAUUUGUAAAGUGUCCAUGGUUUAUGUCCCUAUCUGAAGAGAAGAUCAUGGCAGUUAUGGAUCUAUUUGUCAACAAACUGGGCUGGGAGUCUUCCUAUAUUGCCAAAAAUCCAACCUUUUCAUCUUAUAGCCUUGAGAAAAGGCUAAUUCCAAGGGCUUUGGUAUUGCAAUUUUUAGUUUCUAAAGGCUUGGUUGGGAAGAGUUUCAGAAGCCUUGCUUUCUUCAAUACACCUGAAGACAAGUUCCGGCAGAUGUUUAUAGAUCACCAUGGUGAGUCUACCCAGAUAUUGAGAUUUUACGAGGAAAAACUGAAUCUUUCGUCAGUUGUAAACUCUUCCGCUUUUUAAAUCACGAUCACUAUACAUUUUUUUCA